UGUCCUGUCUAUGUCGGCCAGACGUACGUCCCUGAGCUCCCGUCGGUUCCCUGUUUCCCUGGCUGCCCCUCUUCGUCCUCCUCGUUGCCUUCCUCCCCUCCCUCCCCUCUCUCCCCUCUUCCCUCUUAAACCCGUUCCCCGACCCUUUUUCUUUCUUCUCCGCAUCUCUUCUCCUCUCGUGGUAGGCACCCCCGUACAGCCAGCCCCAUCCCCCCACCAUGGUCCUCAUCGACAAGCACGUCUACGAAUCCAAAGAGGAGCUCCGCCUGAAGGAAGACAAGGAACGCACCCGCUACUGGAAAAAAUGGGGUCCCUACGUCGCAGAGAGACAAUGGGCCACCGUUCGGGAGGAUUACUCAGAGAAUGGAGACGCCUGGAGCUACUUCUCUCAUGAUCAUGCGCGGUCCAGGACCUAUCGCUGGGGUGAGGAUGGAAUUGCCGGUGUCUCGGAUACCCAUAACCUGCAGAAUAUUGCUUUUGCUUUUUGGAAUGAGAAAGACGGGUUCCUCAAGGAACGCCUGUUUGGGCUAUCCAAUCCUCAGGGAAAUCACGGUGAAAGUGUCAAGGAGGCUCAUUUCCAUGUGGACAAUACCCCGACGCAUUCCUACAUGAAAUACCUCUACAAGUAUCCCCAGAAGGAGUUCCCUUACAAGGAGCUUGUCGAUGAGAAUGCUAAGCGUGGGAGACUGGAGCGUGAGCACCAGAUCCUCGAUACUGGGAUCUUCAAUGAGAACCGGUACUGGGAUAUCUUCAUUGAGACGGCAAAGGAGGAAGAUGACGAGGAGGAGCUUAUAUUCCGGGUCAUCGCCUACAAUCGAGGACCCGAACCGGCCAACUUGCACAUCAUCCCUCAUGUAUGGUUUCGUAAUACCUGGGGGUUCGGCCAAGAUGAUAAGAACGAGAAGCCCUCGAUUGAGAAGGUCAGUGAUAUGAUUGCCAAGACCUCGCACCACAAGCUGGGGCAGCGGUAUGUACGAUUCUCUCCCUCGCCGCCGGUUGGUGAUAGCGAGGAGGAUGUCUACCCCAAGAUGAUGUUCACUGAGAACGAAACAAACAACGAGUUCCUGUGGAAGACCAAGAAUGACCAGCCGUACGUGAAGGAUGCCUUCCAUCGCCUCAUUGUCGAUGGAGAGAAGGAUGCAAUCAAUCCUGACAACAAAGGUACUAAGUUUGCUGCCUGGUAUGCCUUCAAUGAAGGCAGUGGUGUUCCCCCUGGUGAAUGUGCUGUUGUGCGUUUCAGGCUGUCCCGAAAGGUCGAGGACGCUAUUGACGAAGAGGUACUGGACAACGUCAUUGACGAUCGCAGAGUUGAGGCAGACGACUUCUACUACCAUAUCAGCCCUCUACCUAUGAGCGAGGACCUGCGGAAUAUCCAACGCCAGGCAUUUGCCGGGAUGAUGUGGACCAAGCAGUUCUAUCACUUCGUCUGGGACAAGUGGUCAAACGGCGACCCUGGCAUGAUGCCACCUCCUCCGGGAAGGAAGCAUGUUCGGAACCAACAGUGGAAACACCUGUACAUGGAAGACAUUCUUUCGAUGCCUGAUUCAUGGGAAUACCCGUUUUUCUGCGCGUGGGAUACCGCUUUCCAUUGCAUCCCGCUGGCGAUGAUCGACCCUGAAUUUGCGAAGAAGCAGCUGGACCUCCUCACUCGAGAGUGGUAUAUGCAUCCCAACGGGCAGCUCUCCGCCUAUGAGUGGAACUUUGGCGAUGUGAAUCCUCCGGUACACGCAUGGGCCACAUUCAGAACCUUCAAGAUUGAACGGAAGAUGUAUGGCCGACAGGAUCUCGACUUCCUGGAGCGGGUUUUCCAGAAGCUGCUGAUCAACUUUACCUGGUGGGUCAACCGUAAGGAUUCCGACGGCAAGAAUGUCUUCGAAGGUGGAUUCUUGGGGCUGGACAACAUCGGACUGUUCAACCGAUCCGAGCCUCUCCCUACCGGAGGAGUCCUGGAACAAGCUGAUAGUACAGGCUGGAUGGCCUUCUACUGCCUGUGCAUGCUAAACAUUGCGCUUGAGCUGGCUAAGCACCGACGGAUUUAUGAAGACAUUGCAUCGAAAUUCUUUGAGCAUUUCAUUCUGAUCAGCGAUGCCAUGACUUUCAAGUCCGGAGGCCAGGAGACUUCUCUCUGGAACGAGGAGGAUGGAUUCUACUACGAUGCCAUCUCCUAUGGCGAACCUUGGACGCAGCAGCUCCCUGUGCGAUCCCUAGUUGGUCUGAUCCCGCUGUAUGCGGUACUGACGCUCGAACCCGAGUUGAUCAACAAGUUCCCGUCCUUCAAGAAACGACUGGAGUGGUUCGUGGAAAACAAGCAAGAUGUAGCCGAGCGUAACAUUGCCAGCAUGAAGCAUCGCGGUAAGGACGAGCGGCUACUUCUCUCACUCGUGAGCAAGGACCGUCUGGAGAAGAUCCUGAAGAGAAUGCUGGACGAGACCGAAUUCUUGUCCGAACAUGGUAUCCGUUCCAUGUCCAAGUACCACGAGGACCACCCGUACUCGAUGGAAGUCAACGGGCAGAUGUUCCGAGUCAACUACGUCUCUGGGGAAUCUGACAGUGCUCUUUUCGGAGGCAACAGCAACUGGCGCGGACCGGUGUGGCUGUGCGUCAACUUCCUGCUCGUCGAGUCCCUACUGCGGUUCUACAUGUUCUAUGGCGAUUCAUUCCAGGUCGAGUGUCCCACCGGCUCCGGAGAGUACAUGCAUCUAGGACACAUUGCGGAGGAAAUCCAGCACCGACUGCAACACCUGUUCGCGCGCAAUGACGAGGGCCGUCGCGCCGUCCACGACGGAUCCGAUCUACUUGACUUCGACGAGCACUGGAAAGACUACAUGUGGUUCCACGAGUACUUCGACGGAGACACCGGCCGGGGUCUCGGAGCAUCCCACCAGUGCGGAUGGACCGGGCUAGUCGCCAAAAUCAUCCAUGAUACAGGAAUCAACUGCCGUCUCCCCCACACCCCCCGCUCCCCCCACGCCGCCGCAUCCCACUACUUCGAUGACAGUUACAGUCGCUCUGCCCGCUCCCGCGGCGGCAGCCGUCGUCCCAGCAUGCUCCGUCGUUCCUCCACCAGCCGGUCGAUCGGCAGCCGCAGCGACUUCGAGUCCGCCUGGGGUGGACGCUCCACGCCUGGACCGGAGUCGGCCUUGGACGAUGACGAGAAGGACAGAGACGAGGAGCCCGAUGAGGACGAGGAGCACGUGUCCCAGUACAUAUCGAGUCAGUUGCAGCGCGUCGCUAGCCAUGCGUCGAUGGCGGCAUACGAGGAUGAGUUUGAGGCCCAGGCAGAUCAUAUCCCUAAUGGGCAUCAUUGAUUCAAGGUUAGAGUAGACAGUUCGUGUUCAUAGAGCUGGUUGAGCAGACGGAUAGUUGGGAUGAGAGAAUGGGUGGGAGUGUGGUAAGAGGCAUCGGAUGAUGUGGUGAUGUGGUGGAUGGCGAGAGGGGAGGUAGAUAUAAGGUCUAGAUCAUGUUCGCAUUUCUUCUUUUCAUCCAUGCUUGAGAGAGAUGGAUUGGUAUAAAGUAUAAAGCAGUAUUACGGGCUUAUUUACAUACUACCUACCUACCUCGUACUUACUCUGUUGUCGCGGUUCCAGGAAUUAUCAUUGUUUGUCUGUCUGUCUGUCUGAUACAGUAACUUGGGUGUGCAUGCAUGCAUUCAUCGUGGGAAGAAGAUACUCUUCACUUGCACACACCUAGGAGAGUACCUAGCUAGGUAACUAGGUACUUACUGGAGUACCUAUGUACCUAUGUACCUAUGUACCUAUAAAUGU